AUGCGCUCGGCCCGGCAGCUCCUCGGAGGCGGGGGCGGCAGCGACUGCGGCGGCGGCGGCGGCGGCGGCGGGGCGCGCGGCGAGGACGGAGACGCGCUGGCGGGGCCGGCGGCGGCGGCGGCGGGGACCAAGGCGGAGCCCGGGGCGAGCCCGCGGCGGGGCGGGCGGCGGCCGCAGGAGGAGCAGGAUUGUGAAGAAUCACAGAACCACGCUGGCGAUCCUGUUGGAGAUGACUACAAAAAGAUGGGAACACUUUUUGGUGAGCUGAACAAAAACCUCAUCAGCAUGGGCUUUACGAGGAUGUACCUUGGAGAACGGAUUGUGGAACCAGUGAUCAUCAUUUUCUUCUGGGCUAUGCUGUGGUUCCUUGGCCUACAAGCCUUUGGACUAGUUGCUGUUCUUUGCCUUGUCAUUAUUUAUGUACAACAUUAA